AAACGUCACCUUCUCUCUCUCUCCCUAACGCUUCAUCCGUACUCAUGGCCGUUUUUCGUUCGUCCAUUCCUCCCAAUCCCAAACCACCCUUCUCUUUGUCCAUCCUCUGAAUUUCCAUAUCCAUCUCCAUAUUCUCUUUCUAGAUAUUCUUCUCCAUUUUCUUGUUGUGCGAAUAUCUCAAUUUGUUCCUUUCCUUUUUCUUUUCGUUUUGUUUUCCCAUGGAGUCGGCGAACGGUGCUGGCUUCGCUCUAAAAACCCUAAUUCGGGUGUGAAAUUCUUGAGAGGCAAACUCAUCGGUGGAGAAUGACGAUUGUGACCGGAGAUCGGUACCUGGUGAAGUUGGUGGAGUUCGUGGAGGAGCAAGCGGGUCCUCUCAUCGAAGAGACCAAGGUCUUGAAGAUGAAUCCGGCGGGCCUCCACUAUGUGCAAUCGAGGUUAGAGGCGCUGCACGAGGUCGAGAACCUCCUCGCUGGCGCUCCGGUGGACUACCUGAGAGCGUACGUGUCCGACCUCGGCGACCACCGCGCCCUGGAGCAGCUCCGGCGGAUCCUGCGCCUCCUCACCUCGCUCAAAAUAUUUUCUGUGCUGCCUCAUCCUAUUAGGGAUCCCACGCCCUUGUCCUUCUUGCCUUUUGGGCGCUUGAAGGCUCUGGAACUCAGGGGUUGUGACUUGUCCACUUCCGCCGCCAAAGGCCUUCUUGAGCUCAGGCACACGCUUGAGAAGAUCAUUUGUCAUAACUCUACUAAUGCUCUGCGGCAUGUGUUUGCUAGCAGGAUAAAGGAGGUGAAGAAUUCUCCUCAGUGGAACCGCCUGUCGUUUGUGUCAUGUGCGUGUAAUGGCUUGGUUCUCAUGGACGAGUCUCUGCAGCUUCUUCCUGCGGUUGAAACACUAGACCUUAGCAGGAACAAGUUUGCAAAGGUGGAUAAUCUGCAGAAGUGUACCAAAUUGAAGCAUUUGGAUCUUGGUUUCAAUCACUUGAGAACAUUUGCACCCUUCACCCGGGUUUCCCCUCAAAUUGUUAAACUAGUUUUGAGGAACAAUGCUCUAACUACUUUGCGUGGAAUUGAGAAUUUGAAGUCACUUGAAGGACUUGAUCUUUCCUACAAUAUUGUUUCCAAUUUUUCAGAGCUAGAGUUUGUUGCGGGCCUUCCAUAUCUUCAAAGCUUGUGGUUAGAAGGAAAUCCUUUGUGUUGUGCUCGAUGGUAUAGAGCACAUGUAUUCAGCUUUUUUGCCUUCCCAGAAAGGCUGAAGUUAGAUGAGAAAGAAAUUAACACUAGUGAUUUUUGGAAGAGACAAAUAAUUAUUGCCAGUAUGCAUAAGCAACCUGCCAGUUUUGGGAUUUAUGUACCUGCAAAGGAUGAGGCUGUAGUUGAAGGUGCCAAUAUCAGAAGGAGAAAGGCCUGUCGUCUUGUCAGUAUCAGAAAUGAAGAAGAGACCACUAGCAUAUAUUCUGAGGAAGAUUCUGUCUCUUGUGCAAAUGAUAUUAUUCAAAGUAGAGAGGAUCCUGAUUUAUCUGACAAUGAACCUGAAAUAGUAGAUUUGAUAAAUAGAAUUGAACAUAUGAAGAAAGAGCGUUCUAUUAAUUGGUUGAGGGAUUUUAAAGACUGGAUGGGUAUUCCUUCUGACAAAUCAGUGCAGACUAUGAAAGAAGGCAGCACUACACUGCAUCAUCAGAAGGGAAAUUACAUCAUAAACAAGACAAAUCCUGAGCAGUCUGGUGAAGUCUCUAGAUAUGCUUCAGACUCUGUUCUAGCCUCAGGGGAUGACAGUAGCAUGAAUAUUUUAGAAUCUGAUAGUUCUUUUGUAGAUACAUAUGCUAGUUUUCAUAGGCAACAACACUUUGACUAUAGAGGUUUGCUUGGUAAUGCCAGUGGGGCCUCACUUUUUGACUCGGGAGGACUGGACAUGGAGAAGCUUAAAUCCUCAAUUGAGGGCAUUGAUAGUUCACUUUCACAAACUAGAAGUUCUCAUGCUGACACCCUUACCACAGAAGGGGCACAAAGAAUGACUGAAAAUUUCAACAUCUCACCAUUGACUAUUAUUCAUGAUAUAUCUGGGUCUCAGUCAUCUGCUUGCCCAGCAUCUCCUCCUCAUUUUCAAGAAGACCUUCUUCAUCGAAGGCAACACCUGGUGGAAGAAAUUUUGCAGCUGUCGACAGAUUCCUUUUCAGUAGCAUCUUCUGAUAGUAACACGAGCUGUAGUGAAGUUGAUUGUGGUGAAUUUGAGCCAUCAGUUUCAGAAGUUGAUAAUCCCCAAUGUAAAACUUAUGUGGAUGGUGUUGGUAGUCAUUUAUCUCAAAGUCAGCUUAAGGAAAAGUUUUGCAACCCAAGACAAGGAAAUCUUGAAAGAGAAAAUGGAAUUUCUUCAUGUAGUUCCUCCUGUGAUCAAACUUCUAAGCAGCAUGCGAUUGAUUUUGCUGAGAAUACAUUUUGUGCUAGCCAAGACACUUGUUUGUUGGAGAAAAGAAAAAUCAGAAAGAAAGCCAAGAAGAGAAUUAUUUCAGUACUAGAAGAGAAAUUAGAUGGCAAUGCUUCUCAUGAUACACAAGAGAAGAUAAGUCAGGGACAUAUUUCUACAAAUCUAAAGCAAGAAUUGGACCUUAAUGAUUUUACUGAAUUUUCUGUGCAUAAUUACUCUACCCAAGAGAUUGAUGAUUUUAUAGUGACAUAUUUCAAUACAACUAUUGCUGAUUCUGAAGCCAGUGAGGUCUGUAGUCAUUGUAUGCGCUGUAAUUGUGUCCUUCGGAGGGAGACAAACUAUAAAGAAAGUGAAGUUGCAGUAUUACUGAGCAGCCAAAAGAAGCUCUAUUUGCUACUGAUCAAUGUUGCUUCUGAUGGGUCAGGUACAAUCUUGAAUGUGUUGAGUUCCCACAAUAUUGAAGAAGUUUGUGAGGUGCAAGUAGGAAUGGGACUUCAGGUGUUGAGGGUAAAUUUUGAGAACGAAGAAACGUAUCUUUUUGUCACAAGAAGCAUUGAGAAAUCAAGAGAAUUACUAUGCACCAUACAUGUGCUUGAUUCAAGUGAUGGAAAUGAUAGAUGCUCAAUAAGAAGUUUGGAGCAGGUCCAGGUUGGGUUGUUUGACAAACAAGUAUGUGGUGGUUCAAAUGUGAGCAUAUAUCAGUAUGCAAUGGUGCUCGUUUUUUGUAAAAACGGAAGUGAGGAAUCAUGGCUGUCGAGAUCACUCUUUGUGAUUGGAGGGUAUGUGCUUUUAUGCAUUGAAGAUGUUAAGCAGCUGUACUCGUUUUCAUCGGAUGCAUCCGUGUCUCCAUAUUUCAGAAUUGAUUCGUUUAGCUCCAUUGCUGACAUUACAGAGAUGGUUAUUGAGGGUGGUGGCAGCUACUGUGUGACUUUAAGUCUGACAUGUCCUCUGGCAGAACUCCAUCCAUUUACCCAAAUGAACCUCGAAUCUGUCAAUCACGAAAAUACGGCUCCUAGCUCUCUUAAAUUGAAGCUUCGGUGGUUCUCCAGAAAUUACCUUGUGAAGUUUGUGUCAUUGUUGAAGGCAAUCCAUGAAAAAAAAACGGGGUCACCUUUGGUAGUAAGAUGCAUAUCGUAAAUCAUUUUUGCUGUGUUAGUUCAUAUUAAUUUCAUUCAUUUUUGUUUUUUAUUUUCAUAUUCUUUUUGUCAAUUAGUUUGUUUGCUUGGUGUGUUGAGUCUGCAAUAGUUUCCUUCCCCUUAUUCUUUGAUUUGUGUCCACUCUGUGGCUGUUCUUUGUGUAUAGAAUUGUAUAGUAUAUCACUAGACGUUAUCA